AUGAUGUGUCUAAAUGACUCCAAAACCCAAACAUCAUACGACUCUGAUCGAGACAGUAUUAGCAGCGGUGAAGAAUUACCAAUAUGGGUGCGAGGUGAACAAAGAUGGGUAUCAGGAUUAACAGAAGAAACAACGUGCCAAGAUGUUAUCCAAGUUUUACUACAAGAUGAAGACAGAAGGGGAAGACCAAUAAGCUACUCCCAACAAUACCAAAUCACAGAAAGAUGGCGAGGAGUAGAACAACCAUUGGAUGAAUUAUCGAAAAUAUUAGAUAUUUGGAACGCUUGGGGAACAGCACAAACAGAGGUAAAAAUUUCAUUACGGCGAGUUAAACCAGACGCUAUGAGACCUUCUAGUAGAAGAGCCAGAUGUAGAUCAGAUUCAAGUACUUGGUCGGAUCGAAGUGCCUUCAAAACGAUACACCCUAAGAGGUUACAAGCCUUACAAAAUGAAAGACAACCUUCAAGUACAGAAGAAUUACUUAAGUUAGUGUUGGCGCAAGGAGAAGUGAUUCGAAGACAACUUAAAAAACUUAGGCACAGCGAACACCAAAUAGGUUACCUAGAGGAUAAAACACAUCGUGCCAGGGUCAGGAAGCACGGCAGCAAUUAUUUAUUAGAAACAUAUCUAAAAGGACUUUCAGAAGCUGUAGAUCCAGAACAAGAUACCUUUAUAGCAGACAAGAACAGUGACAGCGGAGUGAUGACGGAAGGAGAUAGUGAGCAGUCCAAUACCAACAAGCCGAAUAGAAAUGGAGAGACACUCUCUGAAAGAUUUUCUCCAUAUUCCGAGGAAUCAAACAAGGACACAAAGGACGAUGAUUCUAGUUCAACUGUAAGCGAAGCUACAAUUAAAGAACAAGUCGGUCUAUUUGAAAAAAUUAACAAACUUAAUAAACGGCUCCUGAAAGAAGAAGAGAAUCUAGUACGAUUAGAGGCAAACUUAAAAAAAUACCAAAAGAAUGAGAAGAACAAAGAGGAAGAUGUUAGUGAGACGCUCACAAAACUUAGAAUGGAUAUGAUCAAGAGUUCUUGUGAGAUGCAGCACAACGAAAUAGUUUUAGAAGAAACUGUGGAGAAAUUAGAAAAUAGGAGAGUAUUUUUAGAGAAUCUUCAUCGAGAGUUAGUAAAUGAGGAUCAAGAGCAUGAGAUGCUUCAAGCCUUAUUGUUUACCAAAAUGCAACAAUUUGAUCUAGAGAAAAGAAAGAGUAAAACCCAAUAUGUCUACCAAACCAAAGAAUUGUUGGAUACCUUAGUUUAG